UUCAUGAAUAUCUCCUUUGUGUAAUGUUUUUGUUGCGCGGGUUUUGCUGUUGAUCGGGGGUUUCCGAUAUUUUUUUAUUUUUUGUUUUUUGUUAAUAUCUGUCUCUUUCUAAAUCAAGUGUUACAAUUCAUUGUAAAAGAUUUAGUCUGUAAGUGCAAAAAGGCUUCAUAUCAUUAUGAUAGACACUUAAAUACGUAAUCCACUUGUAUAUAUUUUGUUAAACAGUGCGAAUUCAAAUAAUGGAGGUAGCACCGAUUUUACCCGAAAAAUCACACUGCCCUGUGUGCGGUGUGAUUGACGAAUACUAUGAUGAGUUUGCUGGUAUUAAUCAUGAAGAUACUCCCAAACAUCUGUGCAAUGUAAUAUUGCGUAACUAUAUAAUGAACAAAUCAUACUUCAGUAAGAACAAAUAUGGUGUAUUAAUAUUUGGUAAUGCUGAAAGUCUACCACUGGGAGAUGCGCCUGUUAUGAAAAUUAAAGAAAGUGAUCAUCAUAAAAUGAGAUUAUUUGUGAAACCAAAUCAAGUUGUGAAAUUUAGUUUUGAUCUAGCCAAUGACACGAGGAAUGAAGACUUACUUGUUAUUGGAGUGCAGUUAGCCCAUCCUCAGCCACAGUUUAGACUAGUUCAAAAUCCAUUCAUCUUUGGUCAAGAACCCAAAGUUAUUAGCAGGAAAUCAUCAAUAAAGGCAUGCAUUGUAAUUCAAUUUCAAGCCAUUGAUAUUGGUCACUAUGAAAUGCCCAUCAUGUUCACACUUUUCCGGAAAUGCGAUCAGACAAAUUUAAUUUUCGUACGUGAAAUGGUUGUGUUUGUGCAAGAGAAUCAAGCACUGUACACAAACUUCAAGUAUCCGUACACAAAUAAGCAUUGGGAGCGAUCUUUAGUUUGUGUAGGAUCAACAAGCCAAGCACAACAUCAAGCGAACUUCAAAAUCCCCAAGUUGUUGAAGAUACUCUUGCCUUUGGGCCUCGAUGAAUCCGCCUUGGAAGAUCUACGCGAACCACCUAAGGUCAUGAAACAACUGCAAAUAGUAUUUCAUAAAACCAGGCAAAUACUUGAAGAGGGUUAUACUAAAAAGAAUUACGUACCAUUCUUUCAUCAUAUACUCUGGUGGGAAGAAAUUAUCGCAAGGAUUAAUUUAAAGAAAUACAACAUGUUCGAAGUGAAAAUAGAUAAAAAAAAUGAGUUCUUUGUACUGGAAGUGCCUGGUUUGGCAGAGAAGCGGCCAUCAUUGUUACGAGGUGACCGGGUAUACAUACGUCCGCGUCACGAAGUUUCCUACGUGUUUGAAAGUACCAUCAAAGAGAUUGAGGAUAGCACAGUUCUGUUGACUGGCUUGGACGACCGGUUCAUGCAAUACUACGACCCGGAGGGUACGUACGACGUUCGGUUCCUGAUGUCACGCGUGCCCGUGGAGAGGAUGCACGACGCAAUCAACAAGGUGUUCGAAACUAAGCAGGAGAAGCGAGUGUUCCCCGAACCGGUCAAGAAGCGGAUACCUCUGAAACCGAUCGGCCAGUUCUUCAACCCGCUGAUCUACCGCAACGCGGAGCAGCGCUCGGCCGUGGAGCACAUAGUGGCGGGCACGUCGGGCCUCGCGCCCUACAUCGUGUUCGGCCCGCCCGGCACCGGCAAGACCAUGACCAUUGUAGAAGCUAUCAUACAGCUAGUGUCUCGUAACCCCAAAAACCGCGUGAUGGUGUGCACCGACUCCAACAUGGCGGCCGAUCACAUCGCUUUAAUGCUUCUCAAGUACAAUGAGAAACUCAACAUUAAAAACUUCCUUCUUCGUGCAAACUCGCAGUCUCGCGAAUGGACGGUGAUGCCGUCGGCCCUGGCGCCGGUGUCGAACGGCACGAGCUACGAGACGUUCUACCCGGUCAGCAACGUGCACGUGGCGCUGCACCGCGUGUUCGUCACCACGCUGCUGCACGCCGCCAAGUACGCCACGGCGCGCAACCAGUCGGUGCACCGGCUGCAGAUGACGCACGUGUUCGUGGACGAGGCGGCGCAGGCGGCCGAGCCCGCCGUGCUGGUGCCGGUGACGGGGCUGCUGGCGCCCGCCGGCCGCCUCGUGCUGGCCGGCGACCCGCGCCAGCUCGGGCCCGUGUGCAUCUCGCGCGACGCCAAGGAGCGCGGCCUGGGUCAAUCGUUAUUGGAGCGUUUAAAGGAGACUUACCCCGACAUGUACUCUUCGGACCCAGACUACAUCACGAUGCUGGUCAACAACUUCCGCUCAGAUCCCGACAUAUUGGCCAUUCCCAAUGAACUUUUCUAUGAUGGAAAUUUGAGGCCAUUGGCCACGUUGGACCCAUUAAGUAGGGUCAGUAUUCUGGGCCUACCAGGAGGUCAAAGGGCGACUAUCUUCCACGCAGUUAACUCGCGCGAACAAAGAAUGGGUAAUGCACCCAGCUACUUCAACGAGAAAGAGCUAGAAAUGGUCAAGAGAUAUAUCAAGGCUCUUUUGGAAGUUCACAGGGUGUUACCAAAAGAUAUUGGAGUAAUUGCACCUUAUAUCCGACAGGUGUACAAAAUAAAGAACUGGCUGAAGAGCAUAGACGUGUCGGACAUAGAAGUGGGAACAGUGGAGUCGUUCCAGGGCAAGGAGAAGCGAGUCAUCAUCGUAUCGACGGUGCGCGCCAACUGCCGGCUGCUCGAGUACGACGCGCGCUACGGGCUCGGCUUCCUGGUUGACGAUAAGCGAUACAACGUGACACUGACGCGGGCGAAAGCAAAAUUGAUAAUCAUCGGGAACCCGACAUGUCUCGUCAGAGAUUUGAAAUGGAGGAAAUAUAUGGAUUUCUGUAAGCAGAACCACUGCUAUUUCGGCCACGAGACACAACAAGUGGAGCGCACUAGCGAACUGCUUGUAGAAAUUGCUAGAACACGUUUCGAUAGAUGCCGCCUAACCGAAGCUCUCAAAAAUUAAUUUUAUUUUUAUUAUUGUUCUAUUAAAAAAAAAAUCCUAUUAUAAAUUUUCAUGUUGAUUUUUAUACACUUUAUUUGAUGCGCUCAGAGCUUUAAUCUGAACGUUUGUUGAUAUCCAAAGAUUUUAUUAACUGCUAAGUUUAAAAUUACUCAUUUUUAUGUUUGUCAACUGUAUUUACCCACUGAUCUAUGAUUUAUUUUUUGAAUGUGUAUUUACUUUCUAUUACUAAUCAAACAUAUCUUUCAUAUUCAUAUUCACUAUUCUAUAAUUAUAAUUUUGUGAUUACUGCUCUCAAUUUCUAUUUAUUCUUCUUUAUGAACAUUGAAAACAAAUCAUAGUACAAUGGUGAUUCAAUAAAAUUUUAGGUUUUUCUUAUUUUCGCAAAAAAUUGAAAAAAAAAAUCAUUAUAAUGAAGACAAAUAAAAUAUAAUGUUUUGCCUACCUUAGGUUUUUGGGUACGUAAAACAUUAAAUAUUUUUAUAAAAUGUAUUGUGAUUGUUAUACAAGUUUGCUUCUACGUUUAUAUGUGUUUAUUUGUAAGAUUUUGAGGUGAUAAUUAAUUGUUUUUAUAUAUACAAUUAUAUGAAAAAUCAUUUCAUAUUAUUAUGAUGAUGAAUGUACUAUUUUACUACCCUGCUACGAUUAACUCGCAUUUAUAUUGUUGGAAUAUAUUGUUCUUGACUUUGGUUAAUAUUAGCAAGGUAGUUUUAUCGUACAUACUACAAAACAUCCGUAAGAGCCUAUUUUCUUUGAUUAAUACUAUUGUAACAAUGGUACCUAAUACUUUUAAGUUUCAAAAUACUAAAACGAUCUUUAAUCAUCCAAAAUAACAAUCACUUCUUCCGGUUAUUGCCAUAUAUAUUUCGGUUUGUUAUUUUAUGAGUAAAGAUUGAAUUAGUUACAUUUUGAUUAAUUUACAUACACAAUACUUGAAGGUUAAAUGUACGAAGAAAUGUGAUAGGUUAUGAUAAGAUAGGUGUAAUCUCAACAUAUUGAUUAUCAAAUAAUUAAUAAUUACUGUGACAAUUAAUUUUUUGAUCCAAUUAAUAUAAAUAUAAGUAAAUAUAAGUACCUUUAGACGUAAUUAAUGUUUGUUAGGUUAAUUAUUAAUUGGAUGAUAAAAAUCAUAUUGUCACAAUAGCAUAGAUGACUGUAAUUAGUUUUACGUAUAACUAUUCAUGUCAAUUUAAUAAAAAAUAAGAACAA